AUGGAUGAAAGUGUCAGGAAGGUUUUGCUGAUCAAGAGAGGCCAACCAUCUUCUAGAAAAGGAAAGAGCAACAUUGGUGUGAGGCAAUCUCCACUGAAGAAGGGCCGCAAGCUGCAAGGUAGUGUGAGGCAAUCUCCACUGAAGAAGGGCUGCAAGCUGCAAGGUAAUGAGAAAGGAGCAACUGGUAAAUUUAAAAGCAGAUUUUCAGUUCAUAGGAUCCUUGAGCUUGUUCAUGGUUUUGAUGAAGAUCAAGAGAAAUGGAUUGUGGAGUCUGGCCAUGGUUCUCUACUGUCUAUGUCUGAAUUCUGUAUUCCAGUAAAGCUAGUCAAGUGGAUAAUGCAACACACAGAUCCUUUGCUGCGCGAGUUCAGGUUUGAUGGCAAGGUGAUUGUAUUUGAUCGCCCUCUGGUUUGCAAGAUAUUAGGCUUUGAAAAUGGUACAAAACCUUUGGACUUAUCUGUUGAUCUUGAGAGGGUUGAUGAGUUCCUGAAAAUGCAUGAUCAGUAUAGGGAUGGCGUUAGGGCUAAAGCUGAAAAGGAAGUUUCGCGGGAGGGAUUGAUUGAUUCCGGAGCUAGAGAUGUACGGGCAGGGAGGGAGCUUCAAUCCACACUAUCGCCAUGGCGCGCCGCUGCCGCCCCAGCAGCAAGUUGGGGUGGCUGGGUCCUUUCCCCAGCAACCUGUGCGACCGCUGCCAGCGCCAUACCCACAGCACCCUGGAUUGCGGCCUCCGCCUGGGCCAUACCAGCAUGGCGUGCUGCCACCUCAGAACCAGCCAUACCCCUUUGCGCAGCAUGGUCAGAUGCACCAGAUGCCAAUGCUGCCGCAGCAGAGAGGUUAUGCGCCCAUGCCAAUGCCAGGGAUGCUGCCUCCGCAACAAGCUAUGCAUCAGGCCCUCCACAGUAUCUGCCCCUCCCUCCACCGCCACCUCGGCCAUCUGCCCCACCACCUUCUCCUCCUCCUCCUCCACCACCACCACCACCAGCAGCAUCACAGUCUCCUCCUCACACACCAGGUGUUGCACAGUCAUGGGACGCAGAAGCAGAAGCAAAAGAAGGCGCAUCUGAUGGUGGUCGUUUUGCCAAAACUCUGGAACCAGCUACUCAGCUAAUUGUUUCUGAUGACUCAGAUAUGGAUAUGGAUGGGGAUGAGGACUCUCCAUCAAGGCAGCCCCUUACCCCAGAGAAUUCUUCGCUCGUGACUGCUGAAUGUGCUGGAAAUGUUAAUGUGUCAAAGUCUAUCAGUGAUGUUUCAAGCCCGGGCAAGGAUUUGCCACCUGGUAGUGGUGAGAAUGCUAAAUCUGCGCAUGCAACUGAGGACGGUGGGAGCGCAUUCCGACUAAUACAAGGUUAUGCCUCCGAUGACAGUGCAAAUGAGACCGAUGCUGGUCCUGAGGGUGCCAGCACCCUCGUGAUAUUGCCUGAAGAUAACAUGCACAGUCAUUCAAGUGAUCGAAAUACUGAAGUCGAUUAUCAGAAACAUGUUGAUGCAAAAGGAAAUGUGAAUACCCCUCAUAGCACUGAGCAAAAUGGUAAGGCUGAAAAUUAUCAUCUGAAGGAUGAGAGCAACCCAGUGAAGCAUGGCACAGAUGUGCUUGGGCAUCUGGCCAAAGAAGAUACAAGUGACAGUGAAUUUGAGGGAGGUCAAAGUAGUAAAAGGCAUGGGAGGAGACAAAAGAAACGAACCCGGAGCAAGUCACCUCAGGGUAGAAGUGGUAGUCCAGUGGGGGCAAACAAGUGCAGCCCAUCCCAAAGUUCCUCACCUGGAAAGCAGAGCAGGCCACCAUUUGCUAAGCAGGUUCAUCCUGCUGGUGAUGGCAAUGAUUCAGGAGGUAAAGUUGCUCAGCAAGAGGGCCUGGCAUUGACAUCAAAAUUGGAUAGUUCUUCUAAUGAUUUAAUUGGCAAAGUGGGAGAUAAUGCUGCGUUUGAUGUUGCCCUUGGGCAGCACUGUCACAGUGACAAUUUAAUUUCUGAGCAUUCACAACCAGUGGCUGCUUCUGCUGGUACUCAUAAGAUGCAAAGGCCAUGCCCCCCAUCAGAAUCUCAAUCAGACUUAAAUGUGUCUUCAUCAGCAGGUGACCCAAUUCUUAUGAGCCAACCUGCUGCAGGUGUCCCAUAUAUGUCUGUACAAACUACCAAGAGCUCCAUGGCAUCUGAUCAUCUCCAGCCUCAUCCUCAGAGUUUGUGUCCUCCUGAACACAUGUCAUCCUCAAAUACGAUUCAGCCGCCAGGACAACCAACAUUUGCAACAUCAGAAUUCCCUCAAAUGCAGUUACAGCAUAAAGUUAUUGCACCAGCAAAUGAGUUCCUGCAGAACCAGAUGAGAAGCUACCCUCCACAAGAUGUGUCUCAUCCUAGACCAUUCAAUUUCCAUCAUCAUACUCUCCCACCAGCAAUUCCUUCUAACCAGCAGCCUUCUGGUGUAGGUCUAUCUUAUUCAUCUCAUCAGCCUCCAUAUGGUCAGCACCAACCUCCUGUGAAUCUGGAUUCAGGAAGUAACUUGGUUUAUCCUUCUUUCCAGAGAUUUCCAUCAAAUCUACCAGGAAGUAACAAUCUUGGUCCCUUAUCUGAUGUCGAUUUGACUAAAUCGUCUAUCAAACCCCACUACAAUCCAUUUGCAUCAACCUUUGAUAAAACAGAUCCAAGUCUAGAUAUUGGGGAUCCUGUAAGCCCUAAUGCAAUUGGUUCUGUUUCCACAACAGCAGAACAUAUGAAUACACUGUCUCCUUUUGGUCGAUCCAGAACACAUGCCCAUGAAAGUUCUGCAGAACCUGUGCCCAAUAAACAAAAGUUAUUCCGUCAGGAGUUUGCUUCUGGUGCUCCAUAUGAUCCAUUGCUUGACAGUAUUGAACCAUCAAGCAGUUCAAUCAACAAGGUAGAUCUUCGUAAAGAGAAGAACUGGAGUGCUGCUGAUAGUCGUGAUGCAUCAAAACUUAUGAACCUAGAAAUGGACACUGAAAAUAUGUAUGGACUGGGGGUUGUUGCUGAGUCAGAAGUUGAGGGACUUGGAGAGGUGGCAGCAGAUACUGAGACAGGUGUGGUGGAGAAUGCAAGUCCUGAAUUUUUGGGUGCUAAAGACUGGAACUCAGAUAUCCCUGGUGAUGUUGACAAUGACCAAACAUUGGACAAAAAUAAGAAGGGUAAAGACUCCCGGUCAAUGAAGCUUUUUAAGAUUGCUAUUGCUGAUUUUGUUAAGGAAGUUCUUAAGCCAUCAUGGAGGCAGGGUAACAUGAGCAAAGAGGCUUUCAAAACUAUUGUCAGGAAAACAGUUGAUAAGGUUUCUAAUUCAGUCCCUAGCAGUCAUAUUCCGAAAACACCUGCCAAGAUGAAACAUUAUGUACAAUCCUCUCAAAAGAAGGUGACCAAAUUAGUAAUGGGGUAUGUCGACAAGUAUGUGAAGCCAUAG